CCCCAUCCUCGCUCGAUCAUCAAAUGUCAUAUAACAACAUCGGUCUCUCAACCCCCCGCGGCUCCGGCACAAACGGCUACAUCGUCCGUAACCUCUCCCAUAUCCGCAGAAAGGACAGCACACCCUACAAACGUCCCGAAGAGAUCGACAGAGAGGCUGAGCAGCAGAGAGAGCGAAAAGCCGAUAUAGGGAUUUUGGAGCAUGAGCGGAAGAGGGAGGUUGAGGUCAAGUGUUUUGAGUUGAGGGAUCGGUUGGAGGAGGAGGGUGUUUUGGGGGAGGAGGAGAUUGAGGAGAAGGUUGGGGAGUUGAGGAAGGAUUUGUUGGAGAAGAUGAAGAGUGGAAACUCCACGAAAGACGCGAAAACGUUGAAACCACAUCAAGUACAUGACAUCGCGGAAGCGAAACAGCAAGAACUCGAGAAAUUCCGGAAAGCGAUCUAUGAGUCAAAAGACGUACGACCAUUCCGAGACAGAAGAUGAAACCACCAACACCUCCAACAAACACAAACAGCCUCACAUUAUCCACACAAAUGAACCGAAGACAAAUGGGAAAAUGACAUCAGCAGCAACCUCCUUCAUGUUGUCACAAGCGCGGCAGUCAAAAUACUGGACCGCAGCAAAACACCUAGCAAUAGCC